UUCCCCCUCAUGCACUCUGAGAAGAGAGCAAGACGAAACCAAACUUGACUGAUCUGAAAACCUAUCGCUAUCUCGCUUUUGCACCAGUCUCUGUGCUUGUCGUUUGUGUGCUGUUGUUUGUACUUCAGCAUGGAGGUCGUCAUCCGUUUACAGGGACUAAGGGUCUCAGCAGGUUCUGAGGAUAUUCGCAAGUUCUUCACUGGCCUCAAAAUUCCAGAUGGAGGGGUGCAUAUAAUUGGUGGUGAGCGAGAUGAAGCUUUCAUUAUCUUUGCUUCGGACGAAGACGCAAGAAGAGCCAUGACGCGGUCAGGAGGUUGCAUUAAGGGGUCACCUGUUGCGUUGCUACUAAGUAGUAAAGCAGAGAUGCAGAACAUGCUUGAAAAAAGUACAUCAAACUUGGAGCUCGAUCCAAAGACGCGACUUGAGGAGAACGCAAGACGCGCUAGAAGAUCCGUGGACCCCGAGGUGGGCAGGAGAUCAGCUAGCAGAUCGGAUUAUUCUCCCCUCCGCCAUCAGAAGGCUUCAGACAAUAAUGACUUUGUGCACGUGUUCCUGAAAGGAAUGCCUUUCUCCGUGACCGAAAAGGAAGUCCAUGACUUUUUCCUUGGUUUACUUAUUGAUGAAAUUAUCUUAUUGAAAAAUGGAAAUGGUUAUAAAAAUGGGAAAGGUCUGGUCAAAUUUGCAACAAGAGAGGAUGCAAAUGAAGCCAUGAAGAGGGACCGGGGAUACAUUGGCUCCAGAUAUGUGGAGAUUACUCCAACAACAAAAGAAGAUUGGCGCCGGGUUACAGAUGGCUUAGAAAGGGACCGAUCACCUGUUCGCCCGCAAAGAAAUCCACUUCCUCUGAGGCCACAAUCAGCUUUCCAGAGGCCUGGUGGUGCUGGCUCUGAUGACGAGUACUGCGUUGUGGUAGAAAAUCUGUCGUAUACCGCUGAAAAGGAAGACAUAAAAAGGCUUUUUCAUACUGCAAAGCUUGAGGAUGACCAGAUCCUGUACUUAAUUGGCAGUGAUGGGAGAAGAACUAGAUCCACAUUUGUGCUGUUCAAGAAUCUGCGUGACUAUUGUGAUGCCUUAUCUCCUGAAAAAAGGCCGUUUUUCAACCGACAGAUCCUCACACGGCCAAUCUCAAGAGAAAAAAUGAUCGCCCUUCUGGAAUCUCAGAGCGUGGCUGCCGGACCUCCUGGAAACUCUGAAAUGUGUCAAGAUCAGUCGCCGUCGUAUGACUCGGAGAAAGUGUGUCUGUUUGUGCGGAACCUACCAUUUGAUGUGCGGAAAGUUGAGAUCAUAGACUUCUUCCUUUGGUUUAAUAUCACGGAGGACAAGGUGUUUGUGCUGCGUGACCAUGAAGGUGCUGGAGUUGGGAAGGCUUUGGUUCUCUUCGGGUCCGAGGCGGAGGCUAUGAGUGCACUCUCGCUCAAUAGACACCGGUUUCUUGGGUCAGAAGUCAUACUGAAAUGUAUUUCACGUUCUCAGAUGCGGCAGUUGGGUGUUGAGCCGCCGCUGGUGCAAGAGCCAGUUGUGCAAGAGCCGCUGCCAGGAGGAGAGCGAUACUCAGGCAGAGGAAGCGAGGCAUCCUACCGCCCCGGUGACACAGAAAAUCCUGGCUUUAGGAUUCCUCCGGAUGGUAAUAUACCAAUGGCUAAUACACAGGCUCACGCCUAUGGAGGCUGUGGUUAUGAGCCCUAUGCAGUCGGCCCUUACACCCCACAAGACAGGGGUAAUGGUGUUGGUGGUAGCUUCGCUCCCCCAGUGCAGCAUUUUGACGGUACCGCCUGCGUUAAGCUGCUUAACUUACCAUUUCAAAUCAGAAGUGAAGAAAUCUAUGACUUUUGCUACGGAUUUCGCAUCAUGCCUGGAUCAGUCACACUCCAGUUUGACCAGACUGGAAAAUCGACUGGCACCGCGACUGCAGUAUUUGAGUCUCGUCAAGAGGCGGUAACAGCAGUUGAGGAACUGAGUGGAAGACCCAUAGGUCCGAGAAAAAUCCAGCUAUUAAUUGUGUGAAAGAGACUCAUCUUUUCAUGGCACCUUGCAUGCCCUAGCAGUGUAGUUUGGACAUAUACCGAGUUGAUUUAAGGGAAGAAAUGGGCCUUUCUUUCUUUUUGAUAUAAUCUUCAUUUUGACUUUUUGUACGGCAUGGCUUUGUGAGUUUAGCUAUAUAUUUUUUCUUAGUGCUUUCUUUUCAUUUUUUAAAUUGUGUUUAGGUAAUAUAGUCUGACAAUGGGUGUUGUAUUCUAUGCUCAUCCUAAAGUGAAGCACUAGAUUUUUGUUUUUCUCAUUUUCUCAGUCGAGACAUGUUUUUGUUUGAUUCAACUUCCAACAUAGUGUUGCAAACAAUGUAUGUGCAUUGCAUUUUACUCUAUGUGGCUGGUGUGAAAAGUAUUGUUUUCAUAAAAAAUGCAUACCUUUUGAAUUGUCAAUUUUUCUUCAUAGAUCUGUCACAUACAAUUUAAAUUAAAUUUUGUUUACCAUGUUAACCGUAUGUAUAUAACUUUCUGGUUAAUCACCAAUCAAAGACCAUGAGUUACUGACAGCUGUUAAGGGUAUCCCAUUAAACCUAAUCUUAAGUGGUUUUCUGUAUUAGUAUUAAGUUGGGGUGUACAGUGUUUGCCCUUUUUAUAAAACUCAUCAGUCCAAUAGCAA